AUGGCCAAAGACGAAUGCAAGCCAAAGAAAGCCACCAAAAGACAGAAGCCAAAACGCCAGAUCGAGAUUGUAAGAGCUCCCGGCGCUUUUCCAAUUUCUACUACUGCAAGGGCGAGAAAAAGGGGUCGAGAGGCGACUGUGGAACGAAAUGAGGAACCGCAAACCAACUCAGGAAGACCAUCGAAACUUCUAGAUUGGGAUGACACAGCGAAAGAAAUCCGGGCGUAUGGCGCAACCGCAUUCGUGGGAAAACAGAAAAGAAAUUAUCAGGAUGAAGAGUACCUCAAGCUCACUGGGAGACAAAAGAAAAAGCCUCAAACACCACUCCCUAUUCUGAGAGGAAUAAAGAAAGCUGCAGCGAAACGGGAAGCAAAGGAACGACAAGAGGCUAGAGAAGCUGGCAUUGUCCUUCCAAAGGCAAGCAAAGACACUGAAAAGGCCGACUCAACCUAUAAAUUAUAUGGCCCUGCGCCAAACAUUGGUUUCAUGAAGGGAGGUGUGUUUCGAGUACAUGACAAGAAAGCGAGAUAG